CUUUUAUGAUCGAAGGCUCGAACAAUGUUAAGCGCCGGAUGCAGGAAGCAAGCAGCCUCUGGUGCCAAUUAUCUCUCUGGUGCUCGCUCGACGCGCAUCCACGAGAGAGAAGGUUGCCGGCCAAGUCGUCCGAUUUUCUCUGGAGAUGCCUGUUCUGGUCGUGUAACUGGUUCUUCUCGCUCUGCCUGUGGAUGCCCGUGUUUCGUCUGUUCCGCAGAGGCGUCCAGCUUUCGAACGAUUGAGGCGGCAGGAGCAUUUGUUGCAGGCAUGGUGAUUGUUGCUGCUAGCAGUUGUAGCGCCGCCGUCAUGCUUACGCGUUCAAGAUUUCAAAUCCAAUUGAUGAGCACGGGCAGGAGAAGGCUGGGCGAGCCUCGUGUAGAUGACGCUACCGAUGCGUCGUUGCAAAGUGCUCCAUUAUCUAAAAGGUGUAGGGACGGCAAGAACUUGAGCAUCGAUGAUGUGGGGUUGGAGCGGAGGAUUCAGAAAAGUCGCAGACGAAGACGAUGUCCACCAGGUUCCAAGCUUCUGUGUUCUUCCAGAGCAAACAAGCCCGAUCGAAAGGAAACUAUGGGGAUCGAGCAUAAUACUCGAUGUUGAACAAGUACCCUAAGCCAGGCGGAGAAGGACUCUCUGGAGCCUUCAAGGUUCUUUGAGGUCUUGUUUACAUAGAGGUGAAGAGACCAUCUUCAAUUUGUAAACCCGGUGAAGGAGGAAGGAAAUCUAUCCCCGCAGAAGAACAAGAAUCCGCUCGUCAACCAGUAACGACCAACUCCACACUGAUCAGGAGGAAAAUUAAUCGGGAUUAGUAGCCGUAUUUCCUACGUAUUUUCCUUCUUGGUCGAGGGGAAUGAAACUCGAACCUUCUGCAACAUCGACACGUCACAGUUGCGCAUUGUCGAAUGUCAUAUUCUUUUCAGUGAACAUGACAUACAUCUUAUAUAUUUGAUGCUCAAUAUUUGUUAUAACACUGGCUCAUCUCUCAUUUUUCUCUUUUAUUAAUUAAAAAUAUAUGAAAACGCAAGAGUGUUGCCCCGCACUCUGCAACUCAGUGUUUCGAGACAUAUCAUGGUAAAAUGCAUUCCAAAAUUCAUUCGAAAGAAAAAUAUAUUUAGAUAGAUUUAUUCCCCAUUGUAUGUGAACCUAGUUGAACGUCAUAUACCGUUUCAGG